UGCUCUCUCCCUCUGUGCCAGCCUGCCCUUUGUUUGGCCUCUCUCCCUCCCCCCCUCUCUCUCUCUCUCUCCAGCUCUGAAACAGAGGAAGCAGAGAUACUCACCGCUUCUGAACUACUCUCUCUCUCUCUCUGUCUCUCUCUCUAUUACUUAGAGAGACUGAACCUUGCUCUUGGAUUUUCUUUGCUCAGUGCCUCAGACCCAUUUUUCUCUCUCAUUUUUCUGUGUUUUUUGUUUGUAAAAUCAUUCAAAAGAAAUAACAGAGAAACAUCCUCUGUUUGAGUUCUUAUAUGUAAUUCAUUUCCUCAUUUAUAGUUUUUUUUUUGGAGUUGUUUCUGUUCUUCUCAGAUCUAUCAGCUACCAACCUCCUUUCUCUUUUCCUUCAUUGGACCUUUCUGACUGUUUUAUUUCAGUGGAAGAUAUGAGUAAAGAAGAGAUCUUGAAGAUCCAGACUUGUGUACUGAAAGUGAACAUCCACUGUGAUGGGUGUAAGCACAAAGUGAAGAAAAUCUUGCAAAAAAUUGAUGGGGUUUUUACCACCAACAUAGAUUCAGAACAGGGCAAAGUUACAGUAUCAGGGAAUGUAGAUCCAACCACACUGAUCAAGAAGCUUGCAAAGAGUGGGAAACAUGCAGAGCUAUGGGGUGUUCCUCCUAAGGCCAACCAAAAUUACCAAAAGAACCCUCUCAAUCUCAAUAGCCAGUUCAAGAACAUGCAAAUUGACAAUGUCAAAGGUGGGAGCAACAACAAGGGUCAUAAGGGUCAGCAGCAGCAGCCAAAAGGCGUAGGACAAGGCCAAAACAUGCAGCAGCCAAUUCAACAACAGAUGAAAGGGGGGUUUCAAGGGCUAAAGCUGCCCCAAUUUAAGGAUCUGAGGAUGCCCUUCAAGAAGGACCAGCCCAAGAAGACUGUGAAGUUCAACUUGCCUGAGGAUGAUGAUAGUGAUGAUGAGUAUGAUGAAUUUGAUGAUGACGACGACGAUGAGGAGUUCGAUGACGACGACUUGGAUAUUGGUGAAAUAGAUGAUGCACCACAUCAUCCGCUCAACAAGAUGAAGCCCAAUGUGGGUAAUGGUGGAGGGAUUCAGAUGCCUAAUAUGAUGAUGAAGGGUAUGAUGGGUGGGCAGCAUCCACAGCUUAUCAAUGCGCAAGCCAAAGGCGGUAAUAAUGGAGGAAUUGGUGGAGGGAAUCCUAAAAAAGGAGGAGGAGGUGGUGGUGGGAACAUACCUAUCCAGGUUAAUGGCAUGGGUGGUAACAAUGAUGGAAAGAAUGGAAAUGGUGGAAAGAAAGGCGGUGGUGUGGUGGUUAGUGGAAACAAUGGUGGUGGUGGAGCAGCCAAAAUUGGUGGCAAGAAUGGUGGUGGGCUACCAUCAGAUUGGAAAAAUGCUAACAUUGGUGGUGGGGGACACAACAAGAUUAAUAAUAACGAUGGAAAUGGUGGUGGUGGUGCCAAUUAUGGCAAUUUGAGCAAGAAAGGAGGUGGUAUGAAUGAUGGGAUUCAUGGUAUGCCCCACAUGAAUAGGGGUGUGAAUCCUGGUGGUCAUGGGGCUCAAAUGAGCAAUAUGACAAUGGGCCAAAUGAACCAAAUGAAUAAUGUACCUGUGGGUCAAAUGGGCCAUGCUCCUGCGGUUCAAGGCCUUCCUGCUUUGGGGAUGAAUGCCGGUGGCGGCGGUGGUGGCAAUGGCGGAUACUUUCACGGAGCCGGGCCUGAAGUCAUGGCCGGAAACCCUUACUACCAGCAACAGCUGGCUGCCAUGAUGAUGAACCAGCAACGUGCCAAUGGGGGCGAGAGGUUUCAACCGAUGAUGUAUGCUCGGCCACCACCAGAAACCAACUAUAUCCCUCCUUACCAAUACCAGUAUCCGCCUCCAUCGGACUCAUACACCCACUAUUUUGACGACGAAAACACCUCAAGUUGCAAUGUGAUGUAAACUUGCAGGAAAAUUCCAUCGGUUUGCCCGACAUUUGCUAUGCUUGUGGCAGUGGUAGUGGUGGUGAUUGGUGGUUCAGUUAUAGUUCAAGAAAUUGGGAAGGCUUCAUCCAUACACGUGGAAAAGGGUAGUUUUUACUUCAGCUACAAUUUUCUUUGUUUUUGUCUUAAUACUAAGCUUAAAUUAGGGUUUUAAUUGUCAUAGGGAGUGCCAAUAGAUGACAUAGUGAAGAUUUUGUGUUGAGUUGGGAUAGUUGUGGGACUUCUUGCUGAUAUGUUUAUAUAUGUUUAUCUGUUUGAAAAAUAAGAUGUAAAGAGAAUGGGGUUUAACAAACAAAGCCCAUCUCUUCUUCUGUGACUUCUGUCCACCACCCUCCUUGAUCUUACCCUUUAUUUAUAUCACAAAUUGUCUUCUCUAUUUCUUUAUUUAAAUCAAUAGCACAUUCUUGAAUUGUGCAGUAUUA